AAAUUUCCUCUGCUCCAAAGACAUGGAAGCAGCAAAUGGAAACUUGUAGACCAGGAAUGGGAACCCAGCUCUGAGUGGGCCUAUCCAAUGGAUGCAAUCCAAGGACUGCAUGGCUCUCAGUAGCAUCACUCCUAAGGUGCCUAGAGCAGCUGUUCUCUUUGCCCACUCUGUGCGUAAGAGGCAUCUUCCCAUUGGCUCCAUCAGAGAUUGGGAACUUCUGUGGACCUCUAGAUACUACUGGAUUGCAUCUUCCAGCAGCCAUAGCCAGUGGGAUGAUGGGAGUUGUAGUUCAGCAUCACCUGGAGGGCCACAGGUUGUUUGUAGAUCAGUGUUACUCCUCUAUAUUGCAGCAGGCCAAGAGUGAGAAGAACAGCUGGUAUAGCACAGUGGGGAGGAGAGCCUGGCUGGGAGUCCAAAUCCUCGCUUGUGUCUCCUGGGCGUCAAGGGCCAGCUAAAGAUCACCCCCACAAGGAGUGGCUCAGGGGUUACAUGCCGUGCAGCCGUGGGCAAGCUGCAUAGUCCCAAGGAGCCCAGUUGCUCCCCAGCUGGCAGCUGCAGACAAGGAAGUGGCUGACUUGUGCAACUGUGGCAAGCUGAGCAGGCCAACUGGGGAGGACUAGCCUCAGAGAGAGGCAAUGGUAAACCCCCUCUGAAUACCGCUUGCCCUAUUCAUAGGGUAGCCAUAAGUCGGGAUCGACUUGAAGGCAGUCCAUUUCCAUUUUCAAGAGUGAGAAGAGUUAGCUUGCUGUUGCCAAAGGCUACCGUGUGAGCCCCAGAAAUCUGUGCUACAAAUGUACCAGUGUAGCCUCUGCUGGGAUGCGGCCCCCACAAAGUUGUCUGGGAGGAAAUGUGGCCCUUGGACCGAAAAGGGUUCGCCCGCCCUCUGGCAUGAACAGAAAUUGCGCUUGGAGGAGUGUGGAUCCCAUGCCACCUGUUCGUUUCUAUAAUCUGCAUAUGAGCUGUUCUGUUUGCAAAGCUGUCAGCGGGUCGAUGGAAUGGAGCCCUGCUGCAGCAUGUAUUUACUGGAGUCACAGCCGGGGCAAAGCCUAUAGCCGGGGAGUCUGCGGCCCUCCAGAUGUUGUUGGGCUACAGCUCUCAUCAGCCGCCCUGCGCGCUGGGGCUGACAUCCAGCAACAUCUGGAAGGCCGUAGGUUCCCUACCCUCGGCCUACAGGUUCUGAAAGAGAAUUCUCAAAACAGGUUGACACUGGCCUUGUCACAUGACUCACAACUACCUGUGUAGCCUGGCCUUCCCCCAAACCGGUGCCCUUCAGAUGUUUUUUAAACAUUUGUUUUUAUUUACUGAACAAAAUAUAUAUACUGCUUGAUUGUAGAAAACCCCUAAGCGGUUUACAAAAAAGUUUUUAAGUUUAUCCAUAAAAGCAAGUAAUUGAAAACAAAACAGCAAUAGACUAAAAAGAUGAAAACAUCUACUUGCCAAGAUAAGCUUUCCCAAACAAAAAAGUUUUAAGCAGGCACCAAAAGGAAUACAGCUAUUUUGGUUUUUUUGGAUUACAACUCCUAUUUGCCCCAGCCAGCAUUGACAAGGGUUGAUGGGAGUUGACAUCCAAAAUGUCUGGAGGGUAGCAGGCUCAGGGAAGGCUGGCACAGUCCAGAUGUGGGGAGCUUUUGGCCCUCCAGAUGUGGCACCAGCAAGCAUGACCAUUAAGCCAGGGGUGAUGGGAGUCAUCCAGCAACAUCUGGUGGGCCAAAGGUUCCCCACCCCUGCUAGACCCCCGUCAGUUGAAAUGAUUUGAUGAUAGUGAUUGUGACACACACACACCCAAGGUCUUCAUGGGGGUUUGGAAUAAGAGGGGCUGUAGCUGAGUGGUUAGAGCAUCUGCUGUAAAACAAAGCCAAGAUCUCCAUUGGGAAACCUAAUGUCCAAGCUGAUUCCUGGAAAUAAAAAUAGCUUGUUUUCAGGUGGCCUUGGCUUAAUCACAGGCCGAGCGAGCAACAGUUGUAGAAAGGUAAACACACAAGCAUCUUAUCUCAGAUUUUGGCGGGGCCAAGGUGAAGCCAUGCUAUAAGAGGCUGGAAGUCGAGCAGCAGAACCCUUGUCGACAAAAUGAACUUUGUCGGGCUCCUCCUUGCAUCAGUUUGUGUCUCCUUUUUAGUGGGUUCGACCACUGCCUUCAUCCCCGGGAAUGUGUGGCAGUUACACAAUAUGAUCAAAUGCACCAUCCCCAGCAGUGACCCCCUGAAGGAUUACGCUAACUACGGCUGCUACUGUGGCUUGGGGGGCAGCGGAACCCCCGUCGACGACCUGGACAAGUGCUGCCAGAUUCAUGACAAUUGCUAUGGUGAGGCUAACAAGCAUCCGGCGUGUAAAUUCUUCAUGGACAACCCUUACACAAAGACCUAUAAAUACAGCUGUUCUGGCAGUGUUAUCACCUGCACUGACGAUGACGAGUGUGCAGCAUUUAUUUGCAACUGUGACCACAGUGCGGCCGUCUGCUUUGCAGGGGCUCCAUACCAGGAAGAAUACAAGCAGCUGGACACAAGUAAAUACUGCAAGUGAUGUUUGUGUUUCACCAGUGCAAGGCUCUUGAUGCUGUCUCUCGCCCAUGCUCAUCCCCUGGACAGGAGGAUCCCAUCUCUUCCUUUGUGGAACACUGGAAUGACGGAAACAGGGUUGAUAAAACAAUUUUGUGUUUUCUACAGCAAAGGGAUUUCUUUCUGAGUAAUAA